GUGCCGAGAAAGGCGGAUCCCCUUUUACCACUUUUGUCUUUCAGAACUUCUGUUGGAGCAAUUUUUGCUUUUUAGUCAUCGACCGCUUCAUUGUAUUUGACAAAACGUUGCAGCGCUGCACAUUUGACAGCCUUCUAUAUCUUGGGUGUUGCUCCUAGCGGCCAUUAGAAGAGUGUUAGUCCACUGUUAGCGAGCUAACUUUUUUCUGCAUUACAAGGAAGGUGCAACACGCAAGAUCAUGGCAGAUAAAGAGCUAAUUUGGGCUUUAAAAACCGGAGAUUUGGACGAGGUUAAAGCCAAGCUGGUAACGGCUGAAGAUGUAAAUCGGACCCUUGAAAGUGGAGGGAAGCCUAUUCAUGUUGCUGCAGACUUUGGCCAAUCGGAAUUGAUUGAUUACCUUCUUAGUAAGGGAGCAGAAAUCAACGCUUUAGACAAGCAUGGCUUCACUCCACUAUUGCUUGCCUGUUUUGAGGAUCAUUAUAGUGCUGCUAAGCUCCUGAUUGAAAAGGGAGCUGACAAAAACCAGAAAGCACCCGACGGCACAAGUCCCCGUGAUGCUUCUCAAUCUGAGGUGAUUAAGAACCUGUUCUAGUGAGACCCCAGCGUACGGGAGGUGGCUGGACAGGUGGAUGAACAGGCUUACAGAUGGAUGCAGUGGUCCCCUGACAGAAGAUGGACUCGCCCCAUUUAUUCCAAUCAACCUCUGUCUUAACACUGCUUUGGUCUGUUUGCUGAAGGUUCAUUUUUGUCUGUCUGGUGAUUUUCCUUAACCUUGUAUUUUUUUUUUCUCUCUCUCUUCCCCCAAAUGUUUGGGAUAGUAUUUUCUCUUCUUUUGGCCUCUGUUAGCAGGAAAACAUCUAAUAAUCUCCCUCAGGUAGCAAAUCCUGCGGGAGUUUUGUUAAACCUGGAUCAUAUAACACUGUUCAGACUAGUAAUUAAAUUUUUUAAGGUUAGCACUUACAAAUGCAUCUGAAAUUCUGCUGUCUCCUGUAACCAGUAAGAUCAAUAGUGUGUUCAUUUUUCCACAGUUGUAGUACUUGUGGCCAGUGUUUGAACUCAUGAACAGUAACUGCACUGUGAUAAAUAGGUUGGAUUAAAAUGCAAGGUUGUAAUGUUUCAUUAAGUACAAAAAGAAACGCAACGUGUCGCCUCGUUCUUUUCGAUUGACCAAACUGUAUCAUUUUGAACCUUUUUAAAAAUCGGUUAUGGAUAUGAGCUCAGCGUUUUUUCUUCUUUAGGUCUAUUUCUCUCAUAUCAAAUGGCAUUUAAUGAGUUUUUCAUAAUGGAGUGAGAUUUUUUUUUUUUUUUGACCAAUCACCAUGCUGGGUUACUAGAAAGACUUGAAUGUUGCAGUUUUGAAACCUGUUACUAAAUCAUUUAGAAAAAUGGCUAACGGCACAUAGAAAAUUACAUUUUAGAGAUGUUCGUUUCUUCUCCACGAUGAGUGAGAUGUCAAA